ACAGUGAGAAUGUUUCCGCUCAGUAUUAUUUUUUCGGUGCUCUUCUUUACCUCCGUCAGUGGGGACUACUACUCGGCUAUAAGUGAACUCGAGAAACUGCUUGACGUGGAGGCUUUCAUAGUAGAAAAGUUCGAUGAAUAUCUUGAAAGGGCUCAGCAAGAACAGGAUAGUAUCAAAAGAUUUUUGGAUCACAUAGAUGAACUGCAAAAUGAUCGUGGGGAUCUGGAAGAAUACUUUGGCAAUCCCCUCAACUCCUUUAUCACCAUAAGGCGCCUCGUCCACGAUUGGAAGUUCAAUGUCUUUGAUCCUGUCUUUCAAACUAGUAACUUCGAGACCUACAAGAGUUCUCUUAGCGAUUCUCUGCAGAAGAUCAAGUUCAAGGGACCUACACAGGAGGAUCUGCAAGGCGCCACUCGUGGACUUUUACGACUGCAGAAAAUUUACCAACUGCCCACGGAUCAGUUGGCCAAAGGAGUUCUUCCCGGGGAGAAAAAUCAUCUGAAUACCUCUUUGAGCGCCAGUGACUGUUUUGAGUUGGGAAAGAAUCUCUGUCAGAAUAAGGAGUACUCCUAUGGUUCCGAAUGGUUACUGGAGGCCACGAAAAGAUUGCAUGGGGAACCUCUGGAUUUUAUAUCACCCAAUGUGAGCGAUGUCGAGAUUUUGGAGCAGCUAUCACCUGCUUUUAACGGCUUGGGCAACCUUAAGCUGGCACACAAACUCAAUAAUGAAAUACUGGAUUGGGAGCCUGAUCAUGAAGAGGCUCUGAAAAACAAGAUAUUUUUUGAAAGUAUACUGGCAAAAGAGCGAAUCCUAGGUCCUGCAAAGCCAGUGGAUGUAAACCAGACGACAGAAAAAGAACAAAAGGAAAGCUUCCAGCUAUAUAAACGCGUUUGCCAAGGAGAACUCCAUCAAUCUCCUCGAGAGCAGCGGAAUCUCAAGUGCUGGCGAAGCCACCAAGAAGUUCCCUACUACACAAUUUCACCCUUUAAGAUAGAGCAACUAAAUCUGGAUCCCUAUGUGGCCUAUGUUCAUGAAGUUUUGAUGGAUAGUGAAAUGGAAAUGAUCAUGGACCAUGGCAAGGGUCACAUGGAGCGCUCGAAAGUGGGUCAAUCGGUGAACUCCACCACAACCGAGAUCCGCACAAGCCAAAACACCUGGCUUUGGUAUGAGUCUAAUCCCUGGCUUUCAAAGACCAAACAGCGACUGGAGGAUGUUACCGGUUUGAGUACGGAAAGUGCGGAGCCACUGCAGUUGGUCAACUAUGGAAUCGGUGGACAAUAUGAGCCGCACUUUGACUUUAUGGACGACGAUGGUCAUGCUGUCUUUGGUUGGAAGGGUAAUCGCCUCUUGACUGCUCUCUUCUAUAUCAAUGAUGUUGCUCUUGGAGGUGCCACUGCUUUUCCCUUUCUCCGCUUAGCUGUUCCUCCUGUGAAGGGCAGUCUUCUGAUCUGGUACAAUCUGCAUAGAUCCACGCACAAGGACUUUCGAACAAAGCAUGCGGGUUGUCCCGUUCUGAAGGGAUCCAAGUGGAUAUGCAAUGAAUGGUUCCAUGUGGGUGCACAGGAAUUUCGCCGACCCUGUGGACUCAACAGCGAUGAAGGAAAGUUCCUAGAUUUGGAGGAAAAAUGAGGCCUACAAAUAAUAAAAUAAACAUAACAUUCUUAUCAUUUUGA